CUCCUCUUUGCUCUGGUGCCAAUUCGCCGUUAACGGUGAUACGAAAACGUGUUCUGAUGGUACUAACACUAACUAACCUAGACGCCGUGCGAGCUGUGAAAGAACUUCCUUUCAGCUAUAUCUUCAGAGUAUAAAUGUCUCCACCGCCUUCAGAUUCUUUCUCAUUCUUCCUUCUUUAUUCCUCUCUUCUCAAGUUUGCUGAUUUAAAUACUUACCGUAAUAUCUCUCAAUUAUAGUACACAUUCUUCCAAAAAUGGCCGCUCGUUCCAUCCUUGCCCUCAGCUUGGCGGCUGCUGUCGCUCAAGCUAUUCAGAUCACUGCACCUUCCAACUCGUCUGGAUGGGAUACCCAUGGUUCGCAGCUCAUCAAGUGGACUUCUGUCAGCACCGACCCCCAGAACUUUACUAUUGCCAUCUCUAAGCCUAAUUCGUCUUCCCGCACAGAUGUCGUCACCACUGCGGUCAACACUACUGAUGACUCUUACAUCUACAUGCCCUCUAGUGAUCUCAAGCCUGGUGACGGGUACAGGAUCAGUUUCACUUCUUCUGACGGUGGUAUCUUGGCUCAGAGCGAUGAGUUCAGCAUCACUGAUGGUACUUCCACCGUUUCUGCCACUGCUUCGGCCAACUCCUCAACCAGAACUUCCUCUGGCGUCACCGUCAGUUUAGUUGAUGUGUCUCAUACCAGCAAGGCCGCUUCCGCCACUCAGUCCUCUGGUGCCGAACAACUCACCACUGUCACUUCAGGUCUCCUGAUGCUCGCUGGUGGAGCUCUUGCCAUGCUCGCUUGAGCUGGAUAGCGAUUCGCGGGAGAUUAGCGGUGUCAUUAUAGAAUAGUGCAUAGCAUGACUGCGAUAUGAUACGUGACGGACAUUCUGACGGCAAUUUAUGUCUUCAUGGGACGUAAAUAAUUUAGCAACACAUGACCAAUGCAAAUGGAUAGG